CCCCAUUCCUGUUAUAUUAGUGAAUUUGUGUGAGUGUGGUGUGUGUGUGUUAAUCCUUCCUGCAGCCUUUAGGUUCAGUUUUGUGUUUUAGAGCCUUUUAGGUUUAUUUGGCCCUCCUCUGUUUCUGUUUGCCUAUUUUGAUUAUUAGGUUCACCUGUCUUCCCUCCAGCUCUCACUCCACACACCUGCCGCCAUUUUCCCUAAUCACUUCUCCCUGUGAAUAUAAGCUCUGUCCUGUCUGUGUCCGGUGUCGGUUCAUUGUUGUUGCCGUCAGUGUGUUUUCCUGUCAGUCUCUCGUUCUGAUCUCUAGUUUAUAUUUUUGGACAUUUUGGAUUACUGGCUUCUCCCCUUCGGAUUUAUUUUUGUUUUGGACUCAGCCUGCAAAAUAAAGGAUUUUCUUAUAUUUCAUCUCCUGUCUCUUGUCAUCCCGGGUUCUGCAUUUUGGGUCCUACCAUCUGUAAAACGUGACACCUGGAAGCGUGGAUAUGCACGAAUGUGAAGAGUGAUGCCGUUGGUCGGGGAGGCAGAAAUCUCUGCUUUGUGUGUGGAUGGAUGAAUGUUUGUGAGUGCUUUGGUCUAACCACUGAAACCCCCAGAUAAACUCAUUAUAGUGUGGAUUUCUGUGUAUUAAAACUGCGUUGCCGUUGGUUACAGAAACGGUAAAACUUCUACAGCCACAGGUCAACUGAAUACUCAUGAAACUCUGGGUUAGAAGAUGUUUUUAAAAUAAAUAUGACUACCCCAGAAAAGGUGAUGUUUCUGAUUGUCGUUAUUCUCUGUGUGACUGACCUGCCUGUCGGACCGACACCAUCUGUGCAGCAGCACCGUCCACCAGACAUCUGUCUGGAGGAGUCAGUGCCAUGUUUCCCUUUCUUAGGACGAUGUUACCUGAUAGGCCCCCCUCUCUAUGAUCAGCUCAGGUGUUUCUGUGUAAAGACCAUGCCCUCCAACACAACAACCAGACCUUUUUCUUCUCAUACCUUCUAGUUAAGGCUAUCCUUGUGGAUGACAACCAAACCUUCUAUUUGAAAGCAGCACUGAAUCUUCUUAAUAAGGUAAAUGUGAGGGAUCAAGCUGAAUGAGUGGAGGAACACAGGCAAUUUCCAAAAAUAGACUCUUUAAUUUCCUUUUUGUUUUAAAAUGCCCUCCCAAAAACAACUCGAGCUCAUAAAAGAGGUCAAACAAACAAAAUGAAACUCAAUAAACUUCUAACUUAACAUACUGACUGACUGAAACAAUAACCGACCUUCCAAACAAAGACACACAAGGGUAUAUAUACACAUUGGCUGAUCAGACCAUAUGAACAAUAGGGAUUACUAGACAAACAUUUACUAACUAAAACUAAAACCACAAAUCAGUACAGUCAGAUUGUUAAUAAACCUAAACAUCCUAACCCAUAAACCUAACUAUUUAACUUCAAACUUAAAUUAAAUAACUAAUGACAAAAUAAUAAAUUAAAGGAAAUUCUUCAGUCCCCUCUUCAGGGAGCUAUUGGUUUGGUCCCAUCAGCUCCUCCUGUAUUUAGAUGACAGAACCCCUUCAACCCUGUUUGCCUGUCCCAUCUCAGGAAGCAGGAAGUGGAGAACCCCAGCACCGGUAAGAGAAAACAAAUCAACUUAAAUUGAACAAAUGAAAGGCAUAAAAUACAGCAGUUAACUAAAUGUGCGCGCUUACAAUUAGAACUAAUGCAUUUAAGCCAUCUAAACAAUAAAGCCAAAGAAAUAUAAACAUACAAACUGCAAUCAUAAAAGUGCAAGAGUGUACUUAACGUUCACCGUUGUGUGGACAUGGAUGUGGCCAUCACAGUAAAUUUUGUUUAUUUCUGUUAAGUUGAGCAAGAAAGUCUGUCCUCUCAAACACAACUGGGACUGAUGAUUCAUAGAGAUGUGUUUUUAUGCUCGUAUGCUCAGCAUCUUAAUCCCCUAGAGCCUGGCUUAUUCUAACUAAUAUGAACUGAAUUGUUUUAAUGAUAGUUAUUAUUACAUAAUGCUAAUGAACUGUGCCAGGAGUUUACCCAAGAACCUCCUGGGAAAUAACACUUCACCAGUUCUGUUAAAACCAGUCAAUCAAAAGCUAUUUCAGGUCCUGACAACAGGCAGCGGCAGGAUGCGCUUGACCGACCGGGAGCAACAUGGCGCCCCCUGCUGAGGACUUCUACUGCAGACGGUUCAAGCCCAACACCUUUGACCCCGCUCGCUGCAGCUCCUGCCUGCGACCCAGUCACAUGCACCCGGGUGCCAUCGCUGCAGAGUAUGCAGAUGUUACACAGCUGGGUGACGUACAUGACUGGGUCACACAUGAUGAUGAGGAAGAUGAGGAUGAUGCUCUGUCUGACGUGACCACGAGUGCCAGUAGCGAUGACGUCGGCGGCGGCUGGAACUUUGAGUGGAGUCUGGAGCACGACCUGAGUCCCCGGUGGGAACCUGAGAACGGUGACGCUGACAUACAAUCCAGGUCUCCGGCUCAGCGGGAUCAGUCAGAGAAGAGUUGGCCUCCCAGCACAGGGGGUUGCUGUGAAGUCCAAAGAGAGAUGACUCGACUGGACCCUUCCCCUCCCAGAGACGCUGAACAACCCUGGAUGGAUGACAGACGGAGCAGAGAUACAUCCCGCCGGGCCUCAGAGUCCAGAGGAGGCCAAGGGAGAGUAAAUAACUAUUUCUCCCCAGACAGAAGAGCUGAUGGUGCACAGCAGGUGGAGGACAGUAAACGGACCUUUCGGUACAACGAGAGGGGCCAUCCACUCCCAAGCAACUAUCUUCUUGAGCCCAAAGCCUGCGUCCCCUACAGGAAUGUCAACCUCGGCGUUCCCUCCCAGAGAAGAAACACAGAGACGUACAUGCAGGCUACGUGGAGGAGCGAAUCCCCGCAGAGAUACACGUACCACUCUAACUUUAGGCGAGGUGUGGACUCAGAGAUGAACUCUCUAACACGUCACAGCUCAGUGAGUCCAGACCGCUACAAGAUGAGGGAAUCUCCUGCAGGAGCUCAGAGAGGGAGCUCCCUCUGCAGGAGUCAGGCUCCGUCUCAUUCAUCCUCACGUGGCUCCCUUCAGCUUCCAUCUCAGGGUCUGUCAGGUCGAACAUCAGGAAGGUCCAGUCCGUUACACAUGAGGGGGUCUACAGCCUCUCGUACCUCCUCACCCGCUAGGACCGCCUCCUCUCACAGGCGCACAAGCUCCUCUCUGCGCCAAAGCGGCGACUAUAAAGAUGGGCCGGGUUGCAGCCGAGACUCCAGAAGUCCAUCACAAGUUUCAAAAAAGCACAGUUUGGAUUCUGAGACGCUGUACAGAAAUCUCGAGUCCAUCUCGCGCCGUGGCUCCUCUGCCAUGAGACAAAGUUCACAAGAGGGAACCCAAACAUCACCUGCAACUAGAACCAGAACAUCCAUCAGCAGUUUGGCUCACUCACCACCUCACAGCAGCCGGGAAGUUUCACCACCCAGGAACGGCUACAGUCCACCCAGCCGCGCCUCAGGAAGAGAGUCGGACUCCAGGGACAGCAGGCUGAGCCGCGCUCAGAGCUCCUGGCAGGGGUCCUCACACUCCUUACUUGGUCCUACUCCAUCACACGGUUCCUCCUCUUCCAGGCGAGGAGCAGACUCCCAGGGUCUUGGUGGAUGUCUAUCACCUGCUGCAGUAACAGGCACUGAUCAGGCUGAUGAGGGGAGUAACAACAUCACCUCUGACAGGAGCAGGAGCAGCGUGAGACGAGGCAUGGAGGCCUUGUUGAUCUCUGAGCCCAAAAAGGCUCCAGUAGAACCUGAGGAGGUGGGGAUGACCAUGGAGGACUACAUUAUGCUGGCUGACAUCCCAAAAAUUCAAGUGGAGCCAGAAGAAGAGUUUCCAGGGCUGAGACGGAGAAACGAGAGUCCAAGUCCCUGCAGGGAGCAGAGAUCCAGGACAUACAGGUAUCCUGAUGAAACGGAUGUCUACGGUCCAAGGCCGGAGUCAGACAGCAGGAGGAGGGGGAGAGAAAGAGGGAGGGACAGAAGAGAAAGAUGUCGGGACUCAGCUGCAUCUCUCCAUGCGCAAAGCUCAGAUGAUCAAAAAGGAAAACACAGAUGUGUGAGGGUGAAGGAGCGCGCGCUCGCUGAGCGCCCACAGACACAGGGCUGGAUGUCCAGGCUGGAUGAACAAGGGAAGUGGAGGAAGCACUGGUUUGUUCUUGCUGAUACUUCACUGAAGUUCUACAGAGACUCAGAGGCUGAGGAGUCAGAUGAUUUGGACGGAGAGAUCGACCUGGCGUCCUGUGUGGAUGUGUCCGACUGGGACGUAGAUAAGAACUACGGACUCCAGAUACGGACCAGAGGUGCAGUCUUUACUCUUUCUGCCAUAACAUCCAGGAUUAGGAGGAACUGGGUGAAGCUGCUGAAGCAGACCAUCCACAGGCUCCAAUCAGACUCCAGCAGCGAGAAAGAGAACUCCCGCAGACUGUCGUCAAGCCAACCGUCCCGUCAGUUCACCUGCAAGGACUCUGGCUAUGAUCCUGCCACCGCCACCGACUACACCAGCGGGGCCAGCUCCAGCCAUCAGGACCACCGCCGCCAAACCACAGACGGAGAUCUGAGUCCGGAUUUGUCUCUGGGCAGUCAGAGAGAGGAAGGCGAGGGCUGGGACCGCGAGCAGGCAAAGCGGCUGGAGGAGAGGAACAAGUGGUUUGAAGAGGAGGUCCAUCCCUGUGAGAUGGGCAGCAGGUGGGACUCCAUGGAGCUAAAAAAGGGGAGUGUCCAUGGGCCUGCUAUUGAAACCGAAGACUCAGAUGUCAACAGGAAGUGGGCAGAACUUGAGACGCUGUCAUUCAGGGACAUGUGUGCCCAGUCUUUCAUUGGACCCCAGGCUUAUCAGUCAUGCUCCCUGCAAGUGUCAGAGUCUCCUGUUGGUCCUCAGUCUUUUCCUCACAGCUCUGAAGAGGCCAAGCGGUCUGUUCCUGGUCCACAAACCUUUUCAUGUGAUUCACAGAAGGAUAGUCUUGUAGUAAACGGUGCUCAGAGCCCCCAAAUGACCACAGCUGAUGUUCUUCAAAAGGGAGUUGAGAAUAUUAAACAGGAGCAUGCAGCCAUGGAGAUGGACGUUGAGAGCCCCUGUGGCCCUGGAGCUCCAUGUAGGGCCAAGCUUCAAGCCAUGGAAGCAGCUCAUCAGAAAACCUUGCGUGAGCUGCAAGAGAAACAUGUCAGGGAGAAGAAGGAGCUGGAGGAGCAGAGAGAUCAGAUGCUGCAGGAGAGGAGCCAGGCAGCUUGUAAAGCUAUUGAAGCUCUGAAAACAGCUCACAGAGAGGAGGUGGAGAAGGUCAGAAGGUUGUCUGGAGGAGAAGCUCUCAUGGAUUCUUCCCAUGGAGGUCACAUGCCCCAAGCGGACGUCUUGCACGGAGAGUUAAAUGUGUUGUCAGAAAACUUCUUCCAGAAGUGCCAGGAGUUGAACCGAGCUGAGCAGAGCAGCAAGAACAGAGACGUGGAGCUGGAGCUGAAGCAGAGAGAUCUGGAGCAGCUUCAGAGAGAGAACAAGGAGCUGAAGAACAAGCUGGCAGAAGAGAUCAGUCGAAUGCGUUAUUUCCUCACAGGUCAGAGGUCAGAUGUGGGACCUGUUUGCAAAGCUGAGGACUCUGCAUCAGGUUUAGAGGUGACGCUAAAGGCUAAAGAAAAUGAAGUGCAGUACCUCAAAAAAGAAGUCAGCUGCUUACAAAAUGAAGUGCAGUCUCUUACCAAGGAGAAAGAAUUAGCCUACAAGCUUUAUAAGGAGGCCUACGUGGAACUGAGCAACAUGAAGGGUCGUAGCCAGUUGGAAAUGAGCUCCCUCAACGAACAUCUGAAACUGACCAAUGCUGCACUCCAGGAGGCAACAAGACAAACCUGAAGACUUAUUUAGAGGAACAAGGACUGUCAGCUAGUGCAGAACAUUCAGCAAACCCCUUAGAAAAUCUAUUGUAAAUCCAUUAAGCAUUCAAAUAAAUAAAAAAAACACAUAUUUUCAA